GUAAGUCAUAGAAUGCACUCAUUAGUAGUCAAUCUUACAAUUAAAUAGUGAUUCGAUUGAAUCGAUUGAUUGUUUGUAGGCUUUUAUAUAUCGAAUGAUUGAUUGAUUGAUUGGUUAAAGUAUUGUUAGAAUCUGUCUCUCAUUGAUAUCCAGUCUUACAGACCAUCACUGAGACGACAAUAUUGACUAUCAUUGAUGUCCUCAUCAGUGGUCACUCCAGAGCUCGAGUAUAGCGAUGAAUGUGUGGCUUAUUUGAUGAACAAAGAGAAGACAAGACGUGAUUUCAUUGAUCGAUCACCACAAAAGGACUUCCGUUACGAUCUCGUGCAAAGACUACACGUGUUAUGUGAGUGUUUGAAUUACUCGACACGUGUCAAACAUUUGUCAGUAUAUUUGUUGGACUAUUUUAUGGACAAUCAUAUGAUCAUUGAUGAGAACCUUGAGUUGACAGUUGUGUGUUGUUUAGCCAUUUCAGUUAAAACGGAAGAAAGUGACCGAACCAUCAAAUACAAGGAACUGUUAACCGAAUCGGAUCAGUACUCUAUGUCUGAGAUUUUGAAGAUGGAAUCCAUUAUUUUAGAGUUCUUUGAGUGGCAACUAUUAAUGCCAACGGCUGCCACUUAUAUAGACUAUUUUAGUCACACUUGUCUGCCCGAAGUGGACUUAAAUGACAACAAAACCAAACAAGUGAUCGACAAGUAUUUGGAUAAAACACUGGAUAUUCAGUUCUAUCGGUUCCGACCAUCAUUGAUAGCAGCGGCCACUAUAUAUUAUACCAGAAAUAAACACCAAUUGGUUCCAUAUUGGCCACGAUAUGCACUAAAUAUCACUAAAUACACAGUCAAUGAACUGAUGGAUUGUAUUAAUGAGUUAAAAAAGUUUGAUUUCCUAACCAAACCAUCCAAACGAUGUAUUCAAUUGAAUGAUUCGGGUUUUGAUGAGUUGUUAAAGUUUUAG